CGACCUUCUUAUCGUACGCACCCUCCUUGUCCUCGUGGUUGCUCUGACACUGGUUCUGAGAAUCCAGCGAGUCACACAGCACGUGUUCGGAAUAUACAUCCAUGCUUAUCAAUUGUUAACACUUAUCACCACCAUUAUUGACUCACUGAACGAGUCACACUCACUCACUUGCAAUCAUUUCUGAGUUAUCUGACUCGGUGACUCAGUCAAACCAACCCAACAAACAGCACGAGACCAAUGACGAGAAAGGUGUCGAAUUUCUCCGAUCUGAUCCAAAGGGUCACCGCUUCUUGCCUCCUCAACCCACUCGUCCCCGGAGUUAAGGAAGAAGUGUACUCGCCGUACGAAUCCGAAGAAGAAGAAGAAAACAGAGUCGAAGAAGUGGAAGAGGAAGAUGAAGAAGAUGAAGAAGAAGGAGAUAAAGGGUAUGAGGAAGAGAAAGAUGGGUUCGACGAAGAAGGAAAAAUGGUGGGGUUCAGGUUUUUGAAGGUGAAGCAGAUGGAGGCGCUGAUGGAAGAUGUGUUCGAAACGGUGUCGUCGGUGAAGAGAGCCUACGUGAGGCUACAGGAAGCGCAUUCGCCCUGGGACCCGGAGAAGAUGAGAGCUGCUGAUGUGGCGGUGGUGGCGGAGCUGAGGAAGCUCGCAGUGCUGAGGGAGCGGUUCCGCCGCAAUGGCGGUAGUCGGAGGAGAAAUGGUGGUGGUGGUGGUGUGGCGCCGUUGAGGGAGGUGGUGGCGCCGUACGAGGCUGUGGUGGAGGAUUUGAAGAAGGAGGUGAAGGCAAAGGAUUCGGAGGUUCAGAAUCUGAAGGAGAAGCUUGAGAGUGUUGUUGCUCUUUCCAGCAAUAAUGGUAGUAGUGGUGAAAAGAAAGCUGGGAGAUCUCAGUCUAAGAGGAAGCUAGGAAUUCAAGCAAUUGCAGCAGUCCCAACCCCAGAACUCUUUGAAGCAACAAUGGUGCAAGUAAGAGAAGCAUCAAAGUCCUUCACAUCUCUGCUCCUGUCUCUCAUGCACAAUGCACAUUGGGACAUCACAGCCGCCGUUCGCUCCAUUGAAGCAGCUACUGCCUCCACGGACAUAUGCCAUAACAAUUCAACCACGUCCAUCGUCUCGGCUCAUCAUGCCAAGUACGCCCUUGAAUCCUACAUCUCGAGAAAACUCUUCCAAGGGUUCGACCACGAGACUUUUUACAUGGAUGGCAGCCUCUCCUCCCUCCUCAACCCCGACCAGUUUCGCCGCGAUUGCUUUGCCCAGUACCGGGACAUGAAAUCCAUGGAUCCCACUGAGCUUCUUGGAAUCCUACCAACAUGUCACUUUGGCAAAUUCUGUUCCAAGAAGUACCUUGCCAUUGUCCAUCCCAAGAUGGAGGAGUCCUUGUUUGGUAACUUGGAGCAGCACAGUCAAGUCCAAGCAGGAAACCACCCCAGGAGUGAGUUCUACAAUGAAUUUUUAGGGAUAGCCAAGACAGUGUGGCUGCUUCAUUUAUUGGCAUUCUCUUUGAGCCCUGCACCAAGUCAAUUUGAGGCAAGUCGUGGAGCUGAGUUCCAUCCUCAGUAUAUGGACAGUGUAGUGAGAUUUUCGGGUGGGCGAGUGCCAGCUGGUCACAUUGUAGGGUUUCCAGUUAGCCCUGGAUUUAAGCUUGGGAAUGGGUCGGUUAUAAAGGCCAGGGUGUAUUUGAUAGCCAGAACGUAAGGUUUUUGGGGGUUGUGUUUAAAGAAGUGAUGAGAGUAAUUCAAAUAGUUGUCUAGCAGGAUCAAUAGGCUAUUGUUGUUACCGUGUAAGAAAAUUCUGAGGCUAGAUUGUUGAUUCGCAGGUAAAUUCAAUUCGAAGAUGCAUUAUCAUGACGAUUUUGAAUGA